AUGUUCUUAACGUCUCUACGAAAACGAGGUCAAACAAUUGCUGAAAUACUUUUUGCCUGUGCAUUUAUUGGUCUUUUUCUUGGUUUGAGAUACAUCCUUGAUCGUCGUUUUUUAAAAGAUACUCAAAUAGAUCGUUUUACUCCACAGCAUUCAUUAAUAAUAAAUGAAUCAACAGCUAAUGUAACUUAUUAUUAUCCAUCUCUUCCAUUAUCCAAAGAGAGUCUGUCAUCAUUUUCAAAUGAAAUGUUACUAUCAAUCAAUGCUUACAUCAUUUUUACGAAUAUGGAUUCGUGUGUGAAUAAAUCAACAAUGCCGGAUCAAGUUCAUUAUACCCUACGCAUGCAGGAAAAUGGUCUGAGUUAUUAUCGUGCUCAUCGUGUUAAACUUAAAGACAGCGAAAUUCGUUCAAAACGCUCUCCGGAAGAUUUUUGUCAUGCUCUAUUGGCAAAAAUGUUAGGAUUUCUCAUAUGGUUCUUCACAUUCAUUGAUUUCUAUCCAAAUGUACCAGUCGGUGCUCUUUAUGUUUUAUGCCUUUUUCCGAAUAUUGGUCUCAUGUUUUGUGUUCAAGUUAUGCUACAAUUUGAACGCAAAGGCGAUGGAACGACAACAUUCUCUCGACUUUAUUCGAAUCUAUUUACAUCUCCACUUUAUAUUGGCAUUUGUCUACUUCUAAUGCUUGUCUAUUCUUUUAUCUAUAUGAUUUUGGCUAUUUACAUUGAACGUAUUAGUCCAGGUGGAUUCGGCAUAUCACAACCGUGGAAUUAUUUAUGUAAAAAAGGCUAUUGGAAAUCACGACAAGCAUCUUCUAUGAAACAUAACAAGAAUAAAGAUCAAAUGGAUUCGAUUGUGGAAAAUAAUCACUGGAUUGAAUCGAGUUCUUUUGCCAAUACAAAAUUACCUAUCUUAAGUAUAAAUCAUAUGACAAAAAAAUUUGGCAAAUUGAACGCUGUUAUGGAUUUAUCUCUUGAUUUUUACAAUGGUGAAGUUUGUUCAUUAUUGGGACAUAAUGGAGCAGGCAAAACGACUACGACAUUUAUUCUUGUUGAUAUUCUCUACAAUGAAUUAUCUGUUAGAGAACAUUUGAAACUAGUUGCAGAGAUGCGUCAAAUGAAAAAAAAAGAAGUGAAAGAAUCUAUUGAUAAUAUUCUCAAUUUAAUUGGACUAGUCGAUCAACAACAUACAUGGGCAAAAAAUUUAUCUGGUGGUAUGAAGCGCCGAUUGUCUAUCGGCAUUUCAUUAGUUGGUAAUCCGAAAGUAUUGAUUUUGGAUGAACCAACUAGUGGCAUUGAUCCAUACAAUCGUCGUUUCAUAUGGACAAUCAUACGUAAAAUGAAAGAAGCUGGAAAAUGCAUAAUUAUGACAACACAUUUUCUUGAAGAAGCUGAUGUCCUUUCAGAUCGAAUUGCUGUUAUGACUAAAGGUCGAUUACAAGCAAAUGGAACACCUGAAUUUCUUAAACAACAAACAGAUUUUGAAUAUCGUAUUUUUAUUGACAAAAAUGAAACCUGUGACAUUCAACAAGUAACUCAAUUCUUUCAAGAACAUGUACAAACUGCUGUAUUAGAAAGACAAUCAGCAUCGGAACUAGUAUUUGGAAUCAAACGUGGUGUAUCACAACGUAUUAGUGGAUUAAUCAAUACUCUUGAUGAGCAAGGUUCAAACAUUGGCAUUAAGGGAUAUGGCUUAUCGAUGACAACAGUAGAAGAAGUAUUUUUAAAACUCGUAGAAGAAGAAGAAGAAGAAGAAACAAACGAAAUUAAAAAUCAUCAAGAAAAACCAAAAGCUAAUCUAGCAAAAACUGUAUUUCAUCGAAAUCACAAUCAUAUCACUGGAUUCUAUCUUAUUUGGAUUCGACUUUGUACACUCAUAAUCAAACGAUGGAUUCUUUCUCGUCGACAAAUAUUUGUUCUCCUUGGCUUCUUUUUAGGUCCUUUAUUAAUCGAAAUUAUAACGAUUUCUGCAUUACCUUCUCCAAAAGAUAUUCAAUCAUCACUUUUACAAAAUGAACGUAUUAAAGAUGCUCAAGUUACACUUCUUCCAUCGAUCUAUAAUCCACAAACAAUAGUUAUUUAUUCAAAUGAAGUUGAUAAUCAAAUAAAAGGAUAUUUAAAAAAUUAUUUAACAAACAUGGGUGCAAAUAUUGACGAAAUACCAACAAAUAAUAUACUCGAUUAUAUUCUAUCACGAAAUAAUGUUUCCUAUGAUACAUAUGUUAAUAAAUAUCAAAUGGGUUUUUCUAUUGAUAGACGUGGAACAUGGCCAACAUUGAAUGUGUAUUUUUCGACAGUUAAUUAUCAUACAAUAGCAACAAGUCUUAGCGUAGCAACAACGUGUUUAUUUCAAUAUUUUGCAAAAUCAUCAUUGAAAAGUAUUCAAACAAUAAAUCAACCAAUUUUAACAUCUUCAACUUCUGUUACAGCACGAUCAAUUUUUUUUGAUCGAAUAUAUUGUUUUGAUACAGUUCCAUUGUCAUUAUUAAAUUUUAUUAAUAGUUUUAUUGCAUCAAUUUUUAUUAGUAUUCUUGCAUUAAAUGUUAUUCGAGAACGUAUUAGUCAUUCAAAAGAUUUACAAUUAUUAACAAAUACAUCAAAGAAAUUAUAUUGGUUUUCGAAUUUUCUCUAUGAUUUGACAUUAUGUUUAAUACUUUCUGCAAUUUUAACUAUUGUUGUAAAAGUAAGAUAA